CCCCGCAUUAAUUUCCUUUACUUGCCACCCAUAUGAUCCUCAUCUAAAUUCUAACCCCCAACCAUUAACUCUCACACAUGCAGACACACACACUCUCUCUCUCUUCAUAAUUUUUGUAUGCACAUCCAUUCAAGGCAUCAUUGAUAGGUAGGUGUCUGGUGACUGUUGUUCUGUCACAUAAUGUAAAUGGCCGUUGCACUCUUUUCCUUCUUAUUAUUAUGUGUUUUGCUUGAUCACCUACACAUCUCAAAAACUUUUAGUUUAGGUGUGGUGGUAGAUACAUUAUGGAGAUUGAGGUAGCUAGUAGUUUUCAUAGAGGUGGAGGUGGUGAAAGUAGUGGUGGUGGUGAGAAGGUGGUGUGGAAUGGGGGAGCUGAGAGAGGGACCUAUUUGGCGUGGGAAGAUCUCACAGUUGUGCUUCCAAACUUUGGGAAAAAUAAACCAACCAGGAGGUUGCUACAUGGACUAACUGGGUAUGCUGAGCCUGGUAGGAUCAUGGCUAUAAUGGGUCCUUCUGGGUCUGGGAAAUCCACACUCCUUGAUUCAUUAGCAGGUAGACUCUCAAGAAAUGUUGUCAUGACUGGAAAUAUUCUUUUCAAUGGGAAGAAGAGGUCACUAGACACUGGUGCUGUUGCUUAUGUAACCCAAGAGGAUGUGUUGUUAGGAACUCUCACUGUGAGGGAAACCUUAACUUACUCAGCACAUUUGAGGCUUCCAACUAAAAUAACCAUAGAAGAACUCAAUGGCAUUGUGGAGGGAACAAUCAUUGAAAUGGGUCUCCAAGAUUGUGCAGAUAGAUUGAUUGGCAACUGGCACUUAAGAGGCUUAAGUGGUGGUGAGAAGAAAAGAUUAAGUAUUGCACUCGAAAUCCUCACAAGACCUUGUUUAUUGUGUCUUGAUGAACCCACCAGUGGCCUUGAUAGUGCCUCAGCUUUCUUUGUAGUUCAAACUCUUAGAAAUAUUGCUCGUGAUGGACGGACUAUUAUCUCUUCAAUUCAUCAGCCAAGUAGUGAAGUCUUUGCACUCUUUGAUGACCUUUUCUUACUAUCUAGUGGUGAAACUGUUUAUUUUGGAGAAGCAAAGAUGGCAAUAGAGUUCUUUGCUGAGGCGGGUUUUCCAUGUCCAAGUAGAAGGAAUCCUUCUGAUCAUUUCCUACGCUGUGUCAAUUCAGAUUUUGACGUUGUAACUGCCACAUUGAAAGGGUCUCAAAGACUUCACGAUGUCCCCACUUCAUCAGAUUCUUUAAUGAAUUUGCCUACAGCAGAGAUCAAAGCAAGGCUUUCUGAGAAAUACAGGUGGUCAACAUAUGCAAAAAGGGCAAAAACUAGGAUUCGAGAAAUAUCAACCAUUGAAGGACUUGCAUUUGAAACAAAAAGGUCCAGUCAAGCAAGCUGGUGGAAACAACUUUUAACAUUGACACGGAGAUCAACUGUGAACAUGUCUAGAGAUGUGGGAUAUUACUGGCUGAGGAUAAUAAUCUAUAUUGCUGUAUCUAUAUGUGUUGGUACUAUCUAUUUUGAUGUUGGCACUGGCUACACAGCAAUCUUGGCCAGAGGAGCCUGUGGUGGUUUUGUAACAGGGUUUAUGACAUUUAUGUCAAUAGGAGGCUUUCCAUCCUUCAUUGAAGAGACGAAGAUUUUUUAUCGAGAGAGGCUUAAUGGGUAUUAUGGAGUAGCAGUAUAUAUUCUAUCCAACUUCCUUUCUUCAUUUCCAUUCUUGGUUGCUAUUGCAGUUUCUACUGGGACUAUUACAUACUACAUGGUGAAAUUCCGGCCGGAAUUUUCUCAUUAUGUCUACUACUGCCUUAACAUUUAUGCCUGCAUUUCUGUUAUAGAGAGCCUCAUGAUGGUUGUAGCUUCUUUGGUUCCAAAUUUCCUCAUGGGAAUUAUUACAGGGGCAGGAAUUAUUGGAAUAUUCAUGAUGACCUCCGGGUUCUUCCGCUUGCUGUCUGAUAUUCCCAAGCCAUUUUGGCGCUACCCAGUUUCCUAUCUCAGUUAUGGCUCAUGGUCACUACAGGGAGCCUACAAGAAUGACUUGAUUGGGCUCGAAUUCGAUCCUCUAAUACCAGGUGACCCCAAAAUGAAAGGCAAGGAUGUUAUCACAAAAUUGUAUCGCAUGCCAGUAGAUCAUUCCAAGUGGUGGGACUUAGCUGCUCUAGUCGUUCUGAUCAUAUUUUACCGGCUACUCUUCUUCAUCAUUCUCAAGUUCAAGGAGAGAGCUUCACCAUUAUGUCAGACACUUUAUACUAAGAGAGCCCUACAUCAUCUUGAUAAGAGGCCCUCCUUCAGGAAAAUACCAUCAUUCCCUUCAAAGCGGCAUCAACCUCUCCACACACUAUCUUCUCAAGAGGGUCUCAAUUCUCCUCUCCACUAGAAGCACCAACUUAGACUUUUGAGUUACAAGCUACAGCUGUUAUAGUAAAACUUUGGCUAUUUAUUAGCAUUGUUAUUGCUCAAAUAUAAGCAAAUGAAAAACAACAAUACAAAAUUCUGAGUUUUUAAUAUAGGAAUUUUUUAGUAUACAUUCUAAUGCAGAUAAGAAAUAUCAACAUACAUGGGACAUGGCAUUGCCCAGCUAGUGUUGCUUUUUCUUAUUUUUCCAACUUGUAUUUACUGUAUGUCUAUAUAAACUUAAAGCACCACUUGACUUUC